UACAAGCCCAGUUCCUUACCCACUGUGCUACACUCCGUCCUCAUGUAUGCAUUAUGCGUUUCAUCUGUCCAGUUAUUGAUUGGACAGACUGUCAUAUCACUAUAUGGCUGUUACUGAGUCAAUUAAUCAACACAGAUAUAUAACUCAAAGCAGAUUUGUAAACAUUUUUUUUUAAACCAUGGCAUUGCUUGGGCCCAGAAAGAUACAAUUAGCUACUGAAACAUUUAAAUAUUAAUAUUGCUUAUAACUUACUUUGACAUGAUUGAUGUUCUGUCUGAUAGCAAGAGUGGCUAUUCCUGGGCAAGAAACUCAUUGUGUACAGUCUAAAUGACUGGCCAUGUAUCAAUAGCCUCACCUUGGUGUGCUGGUAUAUUGUGUGAAGUGCAUAAUACCAAGUCCUUCCAGAUAUGAUAGGGUAAUUUAGCACAUUCUGACUGAAGACUAUUUUUGAUCUGAAGAAAGGUUGUGUAGGAUUCAUCUGAGCCUUAAUUGGACUGGGGGAGGGUCACUCCUCCAGAGAGCAUCCAAGGUAGAGAAAGACUGAAUGCUGUGAAAUGAAGUUCAGAUAAGUAUGAUGAAGAUGACAGACUGUCUUCCUGAGGUGAAAAGUAAUGGAAAACCAUGGAAGAAUUGUAAAUUGAUCACUGUGGGGCACUAUGGUUAUAAUGGGACAGGUGAGAAAAAUGACUCUGGAAGUCAUCUUGACUAUAGCAGAAGGUUUAGCCUCACCUACAAUACCUUCUGAGCUGAAUCUGCUGAGCUUAAUUUGAGACACAGGAGUGAGCAUUACUUGGUAAGCAUGGGAUCCUUUCCCAUAAUGUUCUGAAGAUGAAUAAGCUUGUUAUCUCAGCUAACUGAAUCUACAUAAAUUACAUUGCAUUACAUUACAGUCACUUAGCAGAUGCUCUCAUCCAAAGGGAUGUACACUAAAUAUGGAAGAGAAAAUAUGGAAGCCCCCAACAGUAGGUCAGUGGAUCUUCGCUUGUAGUAUGUUCUACAGUCACUCUGCCUAGAAAAUACAUUCACCCUAACAAGGAAAGUUGAAAUCAUGUGCAGGUUAAUACUAGCCAAAAUUAUAAAUAUUAUUCCUAUCACAGCCACAAAUAUUUGAAUCUAAAGUAGUUAUUAGUGUUUCUCCAUAGCUUCUAUAUGAUGUGAAUAAGUGACAUCCACUAACAGUAUUUGUAUUGACUUAAUAAAAUGUAAACCCGGAAUGCAGGACUAGAAAAAUUAUUGACAGACAUUUAUGUAAACAGGGAUAAAGCUGUUGAACGACAAUGACUCAAACCUUGUUAUCAUGCAAUGGGUAGCUUCAUUGCUGGUGCAGCCACAUACUUUUAAAAUUAUGAUUAAGCAAAGAAAUGGCCCUGUCAGAAACAGUUCAGAAUUCUUUAAACAAUUUAUCAAAUUUGAAAUAAUCACCACAGAAUUAAUCCAGCUUGGCAAUGCGUGCCCAGCAGCACCAACAUGGUUUGAUAACAGUGACAAUGAAAGUGUCAGUGGCUGCGGGAAAUUACUUCAAAUUGGGGAGCCAUUAACGGCUAAUGGUGAUGAUUAGUAAGUAUAAGAUGCAAGGCUGUCAUCACAUUGGGAGGGGGGCCAUCUAUAGCAGGUGGCCUUCUCUGGAGAUGAGACGGUUCACUUCCUGGACACGGAGAGCCAUAUGCUUUUUUCACCGCACGCAAUCUGCCAUGGCAUUGUCAAGUUGCAACCAAAACCGAAAUGAAUAGACAAUCUGCCCAACAUUCUGAGAAGGCUUAUACAAAACGUGCUGGAAGGGCAUACCACGUAUCUCAAAUUCCACAACAUCUUUUUUUCUGGUAAACCUGGAAAAAAGCACCCGAGGGGGACUGCUUUCAUAACCUAGCUAAGACUAUGGGCUCUGAAAAAAAUAUAUAUUUAUAUGCAUUCUGUUUUUGUUUAAAAAAAUGUAUUUGCCUCCACUUCGCAUGUUUUUACUCGACUUGUAUGUUAUCAAACAUGCCUGCCUCUUGGCUUGCAGUGGGAAUGUCUACCCUGGAUAGCAGAGCGUUGCUCUCCUUAGCAGUGUCUUGAAAGAUUAAUUGUGCCUUUUCAUUGCGAGGUGGAACAUGUGUCAGGAACGAUGGUGAAUUGCACACUGUCUCCAUGGGCCCACUGCUUUAAUUAGUGAGCAGUGUGGGCAACGAUGAGAUCUGCCUUUGAAAGGAGAAAGGAAAAUAGGAGGAAAAAAUGCCACGGAAAGAAAAACCCUGGAAGUACUUCUGAGGAGGCAAAUUAUUUUUGCAGCCUGUUAUGUGAGUGUGAGAGCUUGUUAAUAGCAGUACAAUGGGAGAGAACAUAGGAGGCCUGGCAAGACAGCCUUUUGCCAAUAUUUAGUAUCGAGAAAAUGACAUGAUAAAAGGAGCAAUUUCAUGCUCAAACUCCGGCAUCAAUUACUCACCACAGGUGCGAACCUGACUAAGGAGUAGGGGUAGAGGGAGAUGCCGCUAUUUGUAUUUGAUCUGUAUUUGUUCAACCAACAAAAUUAUUUGUACUUAGAUAAAAACCGGAAGUUGGCAUGGACUAAAAAGAGGAAGUAUGUGGAGUUUAGCCCAGAGAUGUAUAAAAAGCCAAACAUUCCUCAUUUUUACUAUUAUAAUCACUGGCUCUGCUAUUGUUGAGAUAUUAAAGCAUUACAGUCAUGGUUUUACAAUGACAUCAAUAAUAAUCCAGUUUAACAACAGGUAAUUUGCUUUUUAAAGCUGUGCUUAACAAAUAAUGACCCAUAUGCUAUAUAGCCAUAAUAGGCUUUUAUAACACUGAGGUAAACAGCCAAAUCAAGUUUCAAACAUAGGCAAAAUGUUUUUAACAUCAAAAUAUAGUUACUCAACCUGAACUGCAUACUAUGAACUGCAUGAAACCCCACCACCGCCCCUACCUAAGGGACACUUAAGCCAAUUAUAAACUGAAUGAUAAAGGACACAACUGAAUCAAUUACCUUUGUAUUUCUAAAUUAUAGCGGUUUUGUUUGGCUGAGGGAAAAAGGGCUAAAAGGUGCAUGACAAAACACAGAACAAGAAAAGUAGUUAAAGAAAUACAAAGUGCAAUAUAAAAAAAAAAAAAGUAAUUUCUUUGGUCAAAAUGAAUUCAGCACAUUUCUCCCUCUCUUCUCCUUGGAGUGUGCUUUUACAUAGCCAAUGCACCGUCACUUUCUUCUUAUUAAUUCCACAAAGAACACACAGCUUGGGUGGUUUGCUGGGACCACACACACACAAAUCGGUUACAUUUUAUGCAGCUGUCUUGUAACUGCUCUUUUCAGUUUCUUCAAAGUCUCAGUUUCAGAGAAAACCUGAAAAUAUUGGUGGCAUUAUCUCUGCGGUGUUCUAACUCUAACAUUUUUAUAACUACAGCAACCACAGUUAUUCAUCCCCACCCGAAAGGCUUUAUCAGCUUCAUCACAUGAUUGCAGUGAAUUCAUUUUGUAUGAUUAUAUGUGUAAAAAGUCGUUUCGGUAGCACUUUAUUAGGAAAUUCUUCUCAAUAGCACAAACUGCCUGUGUUUCUAUACUCAAUUUUUUUUUUUUUAUUUAAGCCCAGACACUUACGAAUGUCGUGGAAGGAGGAGGAAAUAGCAUUUACGGCACUGGAGUAAUUUCAAGUCCACAAAGCAUGAUUGCAUCACUCUGGUCUAUCUAGUGUUAAGGGCUACUCUCACGUGUUGUCUCUCUGCAGGUGUGUGUGUGUGUGUGUGUGUGUGUGUGUGUAUGUGUCUAAUUGAGAAGCUUGGUGCCGACCUCUGAGUGAAUCACAUCAAAAAAGUGAGAAAAAACGAUCUGAAUCCGAAUAAUAUUGGCCAAAUUCAGGAGGAGAAAACAUUCAGAGAGAUCGCAGUAUUCGAGUGUUGCCGAAUAUGGCAUUGCAUUCCUCACCAUCCCUACGAAGGAUCAUCAUCGUGCAUUGUUAUCGAAUGAUAAGGGUUCAUGUUGGUUCUGGAUUUCACUUAGUUAAUAAUAGAAAAUAAAUAUUUUUUGUCUGAAUUUUGUACCUAUCCCUUUCAUACAGUAUAUAUGAGUCAAAUCAGAAUUACAUUUUUUUGUUCUGUUAGGGUCAUGUUUUUGAGAGAAAAGGGUAAAAUCGUGACUUGAGCUUGUAAGUGCAUUGAUCAAGUUGACUAUUUAAUAUGCUUUUAUAAUGACAUUUUUACUACAUGUACUCACUGGGUAAAUUAACUUCAUAAUGUGGUGCUCAUUUUACAGUCUAUCAUGUUUCAUAAUUUGCUUGCAUCAAAUGCUUGACUUCAGACCAUAAUGCCAUUAACAUUAGACCAGGGGGACCAGCGGGACCCUGUUCUGGGGUUUGGCUUUGUAGCGGGAAGCGAGAAACCAGUGGUGGUCCGCUCAGUCACACCAGGGGGUCCUUCAGAGGGCAAGCUCAUCCCGGGGGACCAGAUCGUCAUGAUAAACGAGGAGGCCGUCAGCACAGCAGCCAGGGAGCGGGUCAUCGACCUCGUCAGAAGCUGCAAGGAAUCAAUCGUGUUGACGGUCAUUCAACCUUACCCAUCUCCUAAAUCUGCCUUCAUCAGCGCUGCAAAAAAGGCCAAGUUAAAGUCAAACCCAGUCAAAGUGCGCUUUGCUGAAGAGGUCAUUAUAAAUGGUCAGGUUCCAGACACUGUGAAGGAUAACUCGCUGCUUUUCAUGCCAAACGUUCUGAAAGUCUACCUAGAAAAUGGACAGACAAAGUCCUUCCGUUUUGACAGCAGUACUUCCAUCAAGGAUGUUAUCCUGACUCUGCAAGAGAAGCUGUCAAUCAAAAGCAUCGAGCACUUCUCGCUGAUCCUGGAGCAGCGUGCGGACGGCUGUGCCACCAAGCUGCUGCUCCUCCACGAGCAAGAAAUGCUAUCUCAGGUGACCCAAAGGCCAGGACUGCACAAUAUGAAGUGCUUUUUCAGAAUUACCUUUGUUCCAAAGGACCCAGUUGAUCUGCUCAGGAGAGAUGCAGUGGCUUUUGAAUACCUCUAUGUUCAGAGCUGUAAUGACGUGGUGCUGGAGCGUUUUGGUUCGGAGUUGAAGUAUGACAUGGCACUGCGUCUGGCUGCCCUGCAGAUGUACAUCCUCACAGUCUCCACCAAACAGACUCAGAAGGUCUCGCUCAAGUACAUUGAGAAAGAAUGGGGCUUGGCAGUUUUCCUCCCCCCAGCUGUGCUGUCCAGUAUGAAGGAGAAGAACAUCAAGAAAGCCUUGAACCACAUUCUCAAAACAAACCAGAAUCUAGUGCCACCAGGAAAAAAGUUAACUGCUCUACAAGCAAAGGUUCACUACUUGAAGUAUCUCAGUGAUUUGAGAUUAUAUGGGGGAAGAGUGUUCAAAUCAACUUUGCUGCAAGGGGAGAAACGCACGGAGGUGACCCUGCUCCUGGGCCCCAGGUACGGCAUCAGCCACGUCAUCAACACCAAGACCAACCUGGUGGCCCUGCUGGCCGACUUCAGCCACGUCAACCGCAUCGAGAUGUACACCGAGGACGAGAAGAACGUCCGGGUGGAGCUACAUGUCCUAGAUGUAAAGCCCAUCACCCUGAUAAUGGAGUCCUGCGACGCCAUGAAUCUGGCAUGUUUGACCGCUGGCUACUAUAGACUGCUGGUGGACUCCCGUCGCUCCAUCUUCAACAUGGCCAACAGCACCAGCGCAGGGAGUCUGGAGACGGGCCAAGAUCCCAAGAGCAAAUACAACUACCAAGCUAUUGAGUGGACGUACAGCACCUCAUUUAGUGGUUGUGAGAACCCCAAUGUUCAAAUGGGCAUGAGAGAACCGUAUCACAAAGAGCACGAGUCCCCUGAUUGCACAGGAAAUGAAAACAUUUAUUUUACAGAGGUCCAGCAGUCCCAGCAUGCUUUGCACAUGGGUGAAUGGGCGAACAGGGCAGGCCAUAGUAUGCACCCCCAGCCAUUUUUGUCUUUGCCCAGACACAAACCCCAGGACUCUCCCAGGAGCGCCAAGGUGUCCUUCAUAUUCGGAGACCCCCCUUUAGAUAGCGUAAACCCACAGAACCUUGGGUACCACAGGCUGUUGGAUGAGUGUCCUGAGAUCUUGGAUGAGCACAGAACCAUUUUCCUCCAGAACAAUGAGGAAUUUAAGGCCAUGGAUCCAUCUAUGGACGGGGAAGGCUUUCAGUACGCACCCCAUGCAAUCUACAGCAAUAUCGGGGAGGCCAAAAUCUUUGGGACGGCAGAGGGCAUCGAGGAGCCUCUGCUGCGGGACAUCUGCUACGCCGAGACCACGGACGACGCGGAGGACGAGGACGAAGGGAGCUGUGAGGAGGACCUGGUGGCGGUGGGGGGAGGGGCGGGCGCGGGAGAGGAGGACGAGGAGGCGGAGAAGACCAAAUCCACCUUCCUCAAGCUCUCGGGCUCCAGCGACGACAUCAUCGACCUGACCUCCCUCCCGCCGCCGGAGGGAGACGAGGAGGACAGCGACGUCCUCCUGGACUCCCUCAACCUGGCCAUCGCCGCCCCGCCGCCCGGCUUCAGGGACAGCUCCGACGAGGAGGAGCACCACGGCCCCCGGGGGCCCGAGGAGACGGGCCCCUGCCCACGCGAGGACAUCCCCGUGUCUCUGAUCGACGCCGUGCCCACUCAAGGCGAAGGCCAGGAGAAGGCCCUGGACGACGCCGUGGUCUCCACGUUACAGGCCCUGGAGGCCCUGGCAGCGUCGGAGGAACACGCUCACCCACAGUCUAAUACAAAUUCAGGUGUAGCACUGUCUCGGGCCUUCAGCCCAGAGUCCUCUUCUGACUCCGGGAACGAGACUAACUCCUCGGAAAUGACGGAGAGCUCGGAGCUGGCUGCGGCUCAGAAGCUCUGCGAAGGCUCCAUGCGUCUGCUGGUCACCACCUCCGAGGGCUACCAGCCGCUUCUGGAGGAGAAAACCGAGUUUCCCGUUUCCCUGUGCGAGGGAGACCUGGUCCCCAAGACGGCCCACAGCGCCCCGGGCCGCCAAGACGCCGGGACCCCGCCCGCAUCCGUGCCUUCCAAACAGAUCCUCCACUCGGACGACAUCGAGAUGGAGCCCGAAACCAUGGAAACCAAGUCCGUGACCGACUACUUCAGCAAGAUGCAGAUGGGCACGCUGGCGGCGGCAGGGGGCGACGGCAGGCGGCGGGGGAGGGCGGGCGAGGCCGACGCGAGCGGCACCAUCGCCGCCGGCAGGAGGCAGGCCGGCAGGACCCCGUACCCCAACGCCGAGGAGCAGCGCGCGGCGGGCAAGUACAACACCUUCAGCGCCAGGGAAACCCACCGGCUGAACCACUUCGACCUGGAGCGCACCUCGUUUCGGGAGAAGAGCCAGCGGUGGCAGCCGCUGCCCGAGGGCGCUCAGGACUGCCGCGGCGGCAGAACGGAGGCCCGGGACGCCGCGUCGGAGUCCGGCACCCGCGGCCGCGGUGGCCCGGGCGAGGACCAGGGGCCGGGUCCCAACGCCCCCCCGACCCAAGAUCCGUCGGCCGUCCCCGGGCAGGGCGGGCUGCUGGGCGACGAGCAGCAGCAGGCCAGGCCGCAGUCCGCGGCGCGGCUGUGCGAGUACCACCUGGUGAAGCGCGUCUCCUGCAUGCAGGCGGAGGGCCACCACUCCCUGCAGAGCUCCCAGUGCUCCUCCCUGGACGCCGGCUGCAGCACGGGGAGCAGCAGCUGCGCCACGCCCGUGGACUCGCCCCUCUGUGCCCCGGACACGCCCGGCAAGCGCCCGCUGCUCCCCGAGGACAAGGCCCCCGGCACCCCCAGCCACGGGCCCCCGACUAGGGACCUGCACCCCAACGCUGACCCCGCCCUCCUCCGGAAAAUGCUGCCAAACGCGCACUCCAACGCCAUCGGCUCCGACCCCACGUUUGGCACUGUGAGGGAAGGCUGUCACCGGAAGCCGAAGAUUAAAGAAACCACAGCUUGCACAGAGCUCAGCUCAGCACCAAGAGGAGGCACGCCUUCGGCCUUUUCCCAGCAGCCCUCCGCCUACGCCGCUCCACCGCCAUCGCCGCCGCCAUCCGACGUCAGCGCAGAUCCCCCUGGCGCGCCGAAGCGGGAGCCCUCCAACCCCCCCGAGCAGAACCGCGCCGCGCUGCCGCCCGCGAGCCUCCCUCCCCACCGCAACCCCGGGACCGACAGCCAGAGGCCCCCCAGCCAAAGAGGCAGGGGGCUGAGGCGGAGUCCCAGCAGCAGGCCCGCGGGUUCCAGGAGCUUCGACGCCCUGCUGGAGAAGACCAGGGCGGCCAUCGGCGGUAAGUGUUUGCGGUCCCCGCGCUCGCCCGACUCGAGGCCGCGAAAGAGGCCCGUCGGGAAGAGGCUGCUCAAGAGCCGCUCCCAGAGCUCCUUCUCCACCCGCCCGGCGGCCGGCCGGGACCGCGGCAGAGCCUCCGCCGUGCCACCGGCGCCCAAGGGUGCCGGGCGGCUCAGAGGUUUGCCGAAACGAGACGCGGGCGCCUGGAAGUGCCACGGGCCCUUCGGCCGCUGCUUCCACGGAAACGCGGGCGGGAGCGCCGAAGACGAAGACGAGGACGAGGAACCGUUACCGCGGCUACCGGUUGCCGCCGGUGAACCCCAAAGAGACGCGGAGGAGGGAGCCCCCUCCGGUUCCUCGCCCUCGGACCCGAGCGUCGGGAGCGACGGCUUCGCCUCCAGACUGGCCCGCGUGGGCGAGCUGAAGGGCGGGGUGUGCGCCUCUCCCGGCGAGCUCUCGGCCCUGCGGCGGGACGCCAGCGAGCUCGUGGCCCUGGUGCGCUCCGGAGUGGGCGAGGUCGCGCCGGCCCCGCCCGAGCCGCCCGGCGCGAGCCCCCACGAGCGGCUGCUCUCGGCGCGGUCCAAAGAGCUGGGCGCCGCCUGCGGGAAGAUGGCCGGGGCCCGCCCCGGCGCCGCGGAGACGCUCGCGGCCGCGACCGGUAGCUUCGGGGUGCUCUGCGGUCUGACCGAUGCCUGCAUGCGCCUGAUGAGCGCGAUGCGGUCGGAGGAGCAGCAGCGACAGGUGGCCGCCACGGUGGACCAGGUCGUCGCCAACUACAUCUCCCUGCUGGAGGCUGUCGAGCUGGCCUCGGCCAGCGACCCCGGCGACGGCGACCGCGACCGCGGCGACGCAGCUCUGGCGCACCAAUCCACCGCCAUACCCGCCAUGGUAAAUGCGUUGACACGUUCCCUUAAGACGCUCCUUAACACUAAACAAAAAACUGUUUAAAAAGCUGUGCUGUUCUCUUGAACUUUUGCAAAGCCAUACUCAGACAUGUGGGUUUACCUUACCCCCACAAUGUGAACUGCUGUAAUACUUCUUGCCCCUUGUAUAUUUUGUUUUAUAUGUAAACAAAAUUUAAUUCUAUACAAUACUAUAGAUAUGUAAAAAAUGAAGUCUUCACCCUUCUUUAGAGAGCAAGAUAAGUCCACAUAUGAAGCAGAAUAUAUAAUCCUUCCUUGUGUAUUCACAUAUGUUGCCUCAUUAUAAUGCUUUUAUCUAAUGCAACGCACAAAAGACAGAACUUGGACUGAGCAGAUGCUGUCUCAUAUUUCUUCAUACAAUAUUGCUUUAUAUUGUAUAUUUUAAUUCAGAAAUUAAAAUGUUGAUUUUUAAACAAUUCAGAUGAGAUAAAUUAUAUAUAUAUAUAUACAAAUAUAUGCAUAUGGAAAUUAGAUUUUACAAUAGCAACAAUAAUUGAAAAUAUAAUAUUUUUUUUUAACUUUUUUUUCAUGUUCAAUAGCCCUACAUUAAUCUAAAUAGAUUUAAAAAUCUAGUUGAUGCCAACUUUUUCAUACAUUUCACUGACCACACUAUUACAAGUCCACAUUGUUUUUUGAUUAGUUGCACUUGUUCACAAAUGUCAUUGUUUCUUUCAGAACUACUUAAACUCAUUAAAGUAUUUAAAUAAUUGCAA